AUGGAAAGUAUUCUCGUUCCGGGAGUUACUCUUCCGUUGUUUGGACUCUUCAUGUGGCAAUACAUGAAAGCCAAGAAGCAGGGCGUGCUUCCAACACCGAAUCGGAGUGGAUCUACGCUAUGGCAAUCUACUGUGUACUAUAUGCACGAGUUUGACAUCAUCGGACUCUCGUGUAUAUCUGCUGGCUUUGCUUUCUUCCUUCUCCCAUUCAACCUUUACACUCAGCAAGCCAAGGGUUGGGGAUCCGCCCUUAUAAUCUGUUUCCUCGUGUUUGGAACGUGUUUGAUCGCAGCUUUCAUUGUAUGGGAAAGAUUCUUCGCUCGGGUUCGCCUCACUCCAUGGGCAAUGCUUCGAGAUCGCACAGUCCUCGGCACCUGCAUGACGGGAUUUGCGCUAUUCUUAAGCACAAGUUGUUGGAACGGGUAUUUGAGCUCCUUCCUUCAAGUGGUGAAUGGUCUUACCGUGACUGAAGCAAGUUAUCUCGUACAAGGAGGCACGGUCGCGCAAAUUGUCAUGAACCUUGUCGCUGGAUCAAUCAUCUCAUAUACCGGACGCUACAAACCUAUUAGCCUCUAUUUCGGCUUCCCUAUGAUCAUCCUCGGUACAGGUCUGAUGAUACAUUUCCGCCAACCUGAUCGAUACGUGGGCUACCUUGCCAUGAGCAACCUGUUCGUCAACCUGGGUUUUGGAAUCAUCAUGUUGACGGUCGAAAUUGGCAUCUUGGCUGCUGCCUCUACACAGCAAUACUUUGCCAUCAGUAUCGCCUUGCUCAACCUGUUUGCCUACAUUGGGACUGCCGUUGGCUACACGAUCUCUUCCGCCAUCUGGCAAGGCACGCUGCCAGAGAAACUCGCUCAAUAUCUUCCUCCGGAGAGCCAAGCAAAUCUCACCAUCAUAUACGACGAUAUCUCACAGCAAUUGUCCUACCAGUGGGGUUCACCCACGCGUUUGGCAAUUCAGGAAGCCUACGGAGACACAUGGCGAUACUUGCUGAUUGCUGGUAUCUCAACCUGGGUCUUGGGAAUGGUUGCGAUGCUCGCGUGGAAAGACAUGAAUGUCAAAGGCGUCAAACAGAACAAAGGCUACGUCGUGUAA